AUGAAUACAACUUAUUUUGGCACGGAAAACUCGAAUGAGCAUUUGAUGUAUAAUGCAGGCGAGAAAUUCAAAGAAGAGAAACACCCUACCUUAUCAUGGCCCACAUCCAAUGAUUUUAUGUCCAACCUUACUAGUGUUGGUCAAGCCAUAUGGCCUAGUAUACCAUUGAAUGACAAUGUGCCUCUAGAUCCCUUAUUUUGGCAAACAAGCCAACAUGCAAUCAAACAAGAAUGGUCAUUUAAUCCUAUGUUUAUGCAGCCAAUGCCAUUUAUGAUGCCUCCCACACCUCCUGUGGGUUCUCCUGAUCAACAAGUCAACACGAAUUUGUCUUCUUCUGUCUCUUCUUCCUCUUCUUCAUCAUCUUCUUCUGUCUCUUCUACCCAUCAAAACAGAAAACCAAGUAUGACUGAGCCAAUGCAACAAGAAACAACAACAACAACAACAACACCUACAUCUCUAUCCAAUUCACCUCAAGUACCUACUUCUUCAACAAAGAAUCGUGGUAUUCGAAGAAAAUCAUCAGAAGGCCAUACUGCUCGCACUUAUCGUAAACGAGCUUCUUCUUAUCCUUCUGUUGCUUCUGUUGUAUCUCUUUCUGCUCAUGAACCUGUAGCCCGCCUCAUUGAUGGUAUUGAGCACAUUACAUUUCUUUACUCGCAUGAUCGUCUGGUCAAAGAAUACACAGUCCGUACUGAUGUUGACAGUGUCUGUCUUGAUGACAUUCCACUCAGUUUCCGCAUGCAAAAUGCAAUUUAUCCACGAGCCAAUGUGCCAAAGGAAGAAUACGAUGGUAAUCGCUGGGAAUAUGAAACUAGCUGCAACAAGCUAGGCUGGGAACUUUGCUGGCUUAAUCAAGAUCAACUUGUUGGUCGCCGUGGCUUAAUUCAACGUGCUGUUGAUUCUUAUCGCAAUCGCCAUGCCGAUAUGCGUUCCAGACGCGUUACACGUCAAGAAAAAGUUGCUAAUGGUACACUUAGAAAAAGAAGAGCUAAAAAGUGUCCAUAA